CCACGAGUUUCGCAACUCAGCCGUUCCCCGGGCUGGGGAUCCUGGCAGAUGGCAGGCUCUAGAUCUCAAACUUAAAUAUCUCCACGCCAAGUUUCGAAUACCUAAGGCGAGCAGAUUCUCAGACAAGUUAGGUGUGCAUGACAUCUUCAGCGUUUCGGUAGCAUGCAAAUCUUAGAACAACGUAGCAGACUUCUCCAGUUGGAAUCACUGCAAUCUGAGGACUCUGCCUAGUCCUUUCAACGAAUGUUGCAUACGAGGUUGGGGUGGGUGAUGGCAACAUCAGCCUUGCUUCGCCACAUGCGGGCAGUGUCUUCAGCCUCGCGUGCAAUAUGGGAACUGAACACCAUCUCUACCCGUCUGCCUUGAUCCCUCGAGUUGGGACAAUGUAAGUAGCCUUGGAGCGCAGUGUUGUCUGGUCAUCGUUUGCAUAAGUUGCUGUGUCGUGGCAUUACAGAGAUGAGCAAGUCCUCUCGUCCUCACUGAGAUAAUUUUACAUCAUGCCGCUGCUGUUAGCAGACCUUCUGCCACCACCGCAGAAAGCUUUCAUCAAGUCUUCCACAGAACGCAUUGCGGCGGAAGCGACUGAAACCCAACUUGCUUCCAACAAUGGCCGAAAGAGUCCCAGGAACAGACGGCCGAGGCCAGCGCACCCCAUCUUGCUUAAGCCGCCGGAGCUGCCUGAGGAUAACAUCUUCACUCACUUCCAAGACGAAGCCGAUAGAAAGGAUGGUGCGAGCUGUGUGUUUUUGCUAUGGGGCUCUACAGACUCUGAAAGAUUUCCGACUUGGGCUAUAGACGUUCCGAUUGCCGAUUCUAAGAGUGAAGAUGAGAUAUUCACUUCGUUAGCCAAACAGUAUGCUGAAGAACUUGGCUUCUGGCGAAGGUACCUUACAUUCCGCAAAUUUAGUAGACUCAGACCCGUCACCUUUCGAUUGAUCAGCCGUUCUUCAGCGAAAUUUUUAGUCUUCACUGAACCUUUGGACCUGUUAAAAUGCCAUAAAAUCUACUCUCAGCGACGAGAGAAAGCUGGCACGAUUAUUGGUUCGAUAACUCAUAUCGAUUAUGGUCCAUAUCCAGAGGAAUGCUAUCGCGACAGCUCAGGAGAGUGGGAACAUUGUAACAGUGAUUGCCCAUGGAACUCUUCAAGCGGACUUGAUGAUGGCGUCUGUCCGUUUCUCGAAUGGGAAACUUCCAACGAUUGGCUGAACUGGAUUGAGACUGCACCUUUUCUUUCUUCCUACUUCCGUAAUCCGGCUGGUGCUCGCUCUCAAGAUAUACUGAAUGGUUUUGAUGGGCAUUGCUUCAUUCAUAAAUACAGGCAAGUCUUGGGUACACACGUUGUAGAACUUGGUUAACGUCAACAUCAUUAAGGAAGAUCUUUUUGCCACCCGAGCCACCC